AUGCGGGUUAAGGCAAGGGCUGCUUCUUUGGUUGAUUGCUCAUCAAACCCUAGCUUGCCCAUGAAACUCUUUCAGUUGGGAGUCUUCAUGUACCAUGUUUGGAACAAUUCAAAUUUGAAUAGUUCCUAUAAAGAUUCGUCGGAUCAUUCCCUAAAUUAUUCACUUCCUCACAACUGAGCCCUUCAAGUCUUUUUCCUGAAAAUAGUUCCUUAUUUGCAUCUCUCAAGUGAGAAGGAUUUCGUCUCAUCUCUUACUGGAAAGCCUAAACCCUUACUCUUCCAAGCAUACAUCAACCCGAAAAAAAAUAAAUAAAAGAGGCUUGCAGGUCUAGUCACAUACCCUUAUCGUCUUAUUGUUCUAUUUGUUGCAGUGGUAAACUCAUUGAAUACUCAAAUAUGGUUUAGUCACACCCUUAAGAGUGUACAUUCUGAUCCUAUAGAAAACAGAGCAUUCUUUGCUUUUGAUUCCAUUCAUGAAAAUAAUUCUAUCACACAUGGAAAAUCGAGUUCAAAGAACUCUCCCCAUAAUUAUUCUUGCAAAGAUCCAACAUUCUUUCAUUUAUCAUAUAGAAUAACGAACUUUAAGUCCAGAGUGUGCACUGUUCUUAUUCCUCGUGAUGUGAACUUAAGAGUGUAUUGUAUGAGAAAUGUGGAAAAAUAG